UCCUACAUUCGGAACAACAGAGAAACCGAACACUGUCUCUUCCUCCGUUCUCAUCUGCCUUGGGAUAGUUCUCCCCUCUGCAACGCUCUCUCUGGCAAGUUACAAAGUCGGUGUUGGCUAAUUCCUCUCUCUUUCUCUCUCUAUGUCAGUUAUGCCUAUAUUUACAGACCCUCUCAACUGACCUUUCCCUUUUAUCUCUCCUCUCCCGUGACACCUCUCUCUCCUCUGUCUCCAUCUCACUUAUAACUCUUAUAAUUACCACUCCUGUUAUACCCUAUUCUUUAACAAGUUCAUUUCAUUGGGCACAUAAACCUUCCCUUUCUUCACACCCUAUCAGUACUUUCUCUUCUCCUCGGCCAAUCCCAAUUUCGUCUCUGCCACUUUGCAACACAACGCCCUCUUUCUUUAUCUCUCCCAAGUACUUCCCUUAAAUUAAUAAAUUCCCCAAUCCCACAAUUUUCAACUUCCUUUCCUUGGCUUUUUCUUUCUUUUUUUUAUAUCUCUUUUGUACUUUCUGAGUUCUGGGUUCUGGGUUUAGGGUUUUUCAUCUAACUUUCAUUAUACCCUGCUCUUUUAGCAUGCUCAAUUAUUUUUUCAACUAGAAUACAUCUUCAUUGAAAAAACAAAAAUGUCUUCUUGUUUAAGUGGAACCGGAGCAAGAGGGUUAGAUUUAGAUAUAAUAAAAUCACCACCAUGUUCAUGGAGUAGAACUUCACAAACAUCUUCUUCACCUUCUUCAACCAUCUCCGACUCAAGCAAUUCGCCACUCGCAAUCUACACCACAAAACCUAGAACCCCUCGGAAACGACCCAACCAAACCUACAACGAAGCUGCAACACUCCUUUCAACAGCUUACCCGAACCUCUUCUCCAAUCCGAACCUAAAAACAAACCCGAACAAUAAAUUCCAUAAACCCUUAUUAUCAUCGGAAAAAACUUACAAUUCCGAUUCCUCAGAGCUUCUUCUACCUUUCAGAGUAUUUGACACGUCUUCGUCUUUUUUACUUCACGGUGCAAUUCAUCAACACAAGCCGAAUUUCCAGUCGGGGCCGAAGCCGGUGAAGCCAUGUCAGAGUCCAGGAGAGAUAAGCUCAAUGGUGAAUUUGCUCGAAUUGAACGACGGAGAUGAUUUCGACGCCGAAUCGAUUCUCGACGAGGAAAUUGAAGAAGGAAUCGAUAGCAUCAUGGGAGGGAGAAUUCAGGAAAAUGAAUCUAACUCUGGUUCUUCUCAUCUUCCAUGGAUUGGUUUUGGAGGGAAAAUCGAUUUCCGGUUAGGUUUACAGAGAGCUGGAGUGAGAGCUCUUCGUCAUGUUGAUGAAGGUAACUGGUGGAAUUUUCCGGCGGUUGAUAUACUUAAAAUUUCGCCCAAAAUUUGCAGUGUCGGUGGUAAGACAGUAGCGCCGGUAACGGAGAAGAAAAAGAAGAAGAAAGUGGUUGGCGUUAUGAAACAGAAUGAAGACUCGAAAGAAACGGAAUUGCCGAAGUCGAAACCUGGAUUGUUGUUGAAAUUGAAUUACGACGGUGUUCGGAAAGCGUGGUCCGACCGGGGAACACCUUUCGCCGACGACAGCCCUGUUUCCGAUGUAUCGGGAAACGACGUCAAUGCACGGUUGUCACAAAUUGAUUUGUUAUGGGAGAACGGAGGAGGAGGGGUGAGAGAAGCGAGCGUGCAGCGUUAUAAAGAAAAACGUCGCACGCGUCUCUUCUCUAAGAAGAUAAGAUAUCAAGUUAAAAAAGUCAAUACGGAUCGACGGCCAAGAAUGAAGGGACGUUUUGUUAGCAGCCUGAAUGAUAGCUAGCUCAAAUGCAUACAAAUGAUUGCUUCUACUAGCAGUAUAGCACAUGAUUUUUGGGACCCAUUGACUUUUUUUAAAAAAAUAAAAUAAAAUUCAGUAUAUUUAAAUUCAAUUAUUGAGAAAAAAAACAUAUUCACCAGGAUUUUUGGUAACAUUAUUUUUCUCUCUCUAUGUUCUCUCCUUUUUGGAGACUUUGCUAGAAGAUAAGUUGGAAUAGAAGCUGGAUGAGAAAAGCAAUGAAGUAGUGCAAAUUAAAUUUAAAAA